GGUUUAUGGGGUACAGAGAGGUAAAACAAGGUCUGUUCCUUGAAGGAGCUGCUGCUUUAUUGGGAGAGGCAGGCAAAUCAACAAGUGCAAAAGAAGUAAUGAAGGCUUCAAGAUAAUGCCUGUGUUGGUCCUAUAGUAGGGUAUGAGCAGUUUAUCCAGCGUUUAGGAGGAGGAGAGUUUAGGGAAGGCCUUUUAGAGGAGGUGAUUCCUGGGCUGAGUUUUAACAAAUGAAUCCAGCUACCAGGUGAGGAAAUGGGGUGGUAAGGCCACAAGAAACAUGUGCAACUCUUCUUGUAGGGCUUGUUUGUGGUCCAUAAGAGAUCAUUGCUUUUAUGGCUUGGACACACCUUUUGUAGUUUCAUAUUAGCCCUUAUUCAUCUCUGUUUACACUAUCAAGGGAAAGAGUUAUUAUAGUAUUUACCCAUCAACUUUUUCAGCUUUUGUUACUUAUACUUUCCUCUAAGAUACAAGCAAAUUUACUGUUAUCACAGUUUUGAAAACGUUUAAACUUUGACUUCAAAAAGUUUCUGGAACUGAAGCGAUGGCAAGUGAUCCUGAAACCAGUAAAUUGGACACCAAACUAUUAGCUAUAAAUCCACCUGUUAUGAAGGGCAUAUUGAAUGAAUUACCAGUUUCUUUUAAAAUCUGCCAAGUAAAUUGUUAAAUGAUAUGUUAUGCUAGUCCACUCUUUAGUAAUCAGUGCUUUGGUCCAUUUUGUGAGAAGAGUUAAGGACUUGUUAAGUUUUGGAUGUUGUACAUUCACUGUGAUCAGGUACCUCGGGUAUGAUAUCAUGUGAUAUCACAACCAUUUUCCUUUAGCAAGCUAUUUUUUUAAAUGCAUGAGUAGGUAGUAGAGACUUAUAUUACUCUGUGCUUUUCCCCCCUCCACUUGAUGUUUAGUCCUCAGGUUGGCCUUUAAGACAUAGUACAAAAGGUCUCAUUUGUACAGGAGUUCAGUCAGGUGGCUGGUGUUAUAUUUUAACAGUCUCACCUCCAGAUUCUAAGAGUUCUUGUUAUAGCUAAACAACAUUUCUGACAGUAAGCAUCUGUUACUUUAGCCUGAGACUAAUAGUGUCAAAAUAAUGCAAAGUCACGGCUACUCAUCAGAUUCUCAAGCAGCUAGAAGUCAACUGUUUUCUGGUAUUCAGCACUUUCUUAUUGGGCACCAGCAACCUGUAACCCUGGCACUUUGUAAUUCUUGUAACUUGGUCAUCAUAACAGGUAUUGCAAUGGAGCAAGCAUGUACCAGGCCUUGGACCAACUAAUUUAUGCGUAUUAUUUCUAGUCCACAUCAAAUCUACAGAACAGUUGGUAUCACAUCAUUUUUCAAAUAAAGAAAUGGCCUCAGAGAGGGUAAGUAACUUGCCCUAGGUCAAACAGCUAGUUAAAUAGAUAAACUGGCAUUCAAACCUGGGACUUCAGGACCAGGACUAAACUUUCCAUUAUGUUGUGCUACCAUCUGAGAACUCCAAAUAACUAGUGAAUUCUCUACUUCAUGUCUUGUGUCUUGUAAAUGCCAUAGUGGAGCAGUGGAUAGCAGAGCGAUCAACCCAGCCUUGUUCUCCCCAAGUGGACUGAGAUUCAGCAGGCCCUUUAUGGGAAGAUUAAAGAAGUUGGUGAUAUGGCAAAACAGUACAUAGAGAAAGGUCUUUUGGUUCCAGAUCAUCUGAUUACACGCCUAAUGAUGUCAGAGCUGGAGAACAGACGCGGCCAGCACUGGCUGCUAGAUGGUUUUCCUAGGACAUUAGUGCAGGCUGAAGCCCUGGACAAAAUCUGUGACCUGGAUCUAGUGAUCACUUUGAAUAUUCCUUUUGAAACACUCAAAGAUCGUCUCAGCCGACGUUGGAUUCACCCUCCUAGUGGGAGGGUAUAUAACUUGGACUUCAAUCCACCUCAUGUACAUGGGAUUGACGAUGUCACUGGUGAACCAUUAGUUCAACAGGAGGAUGAUAAACCUGAAGCAGUUGCUGCCAGACUAAGACAGUACAAGGAUGUGGCAAAGCCAGUCAUUGAAUUAUACAAGAGCCGAGGAGUACUCCACCAAUUUUCUGGGACGGAGACUAACAAAAUUUGGCCCUAUGUUUACACGCUUUUCUUGAACAAGAUCACACCUGCUCAGUCCAAAGAAGCAUACUGAGCCUGCCCAAUGGAAGAACAGGAAGAUGUGAUCCUUCAUUCAAUUGUGUGUAUAGUAUUGGUGCAGUGUCCAAAUUAGAAGCUAGCUGAGAUAGCUUGCAGCAUCUUUUCUCAUUUAAAUGAACUGAUAUGAAAACUAAUGAGUAGAAAGAAAUCAUGAAGAGGCUCUGCUCUGCCUUUCAAAAGGAGGGAUACCUAUACAUGUUUAAGAUGUCUCUGCAUGCGUCUCAAGCCCUUCAAGAGAAAGCAAAGUACAGGCUGGAUUUCAAAUGGUGUAUCACCUGAGCUCUUGCUAAUUUUGAUAGCCAUGUUGUUGCUGUGCUAGCCUUUUACAUGUGAUGGUGGUGGUCUCUUGUUCUCCCCUUUCCCCCAAAAGAGCUAUUGAACCACAGCACCAGGGGCCUGAGGAUGCCAAGGGUUGUAGCCCAGGCUUUGUCCCAGGUUCUCUGGUAGUGCCUCCUGGUGACAAUAGGAUUGAAGCCAACUGCUCUUAGUAGGUGCUUCUCUGGUCUUGAGUGAUUAUGUCCGUGAUUCAUUUUUUUCUGAUAAGAGUGGCACCUUUUCUGCGUUCAUGCUUCAUAGAAUCUCUCCUUUUCAGACAUUCUGGUAUGAAAGGAUUUGGCUUCUACUAUUUUUGUUAGACUGUAUUUUUAACAUCUCUGUUCGUUUUCCUAGGCUAUUAAGUCAUACUAAUCAUGGUUGCUUUUAUCCUUCCCAAAUUCCUCUUUCCAAAGCUGAGAUGUAGGGGCCUCUGUAGAAUCUCUUCAUGCACUGAGCUAUGCAGAGGCUCUUAAACUGCUGGUCUGGCUGUCAUGAGUUGACACCACUCCUUUCUUUGAUUGUGAAAAAUAAAAUCCCCAAAGUCUUCUGGGAAUCCUCAAAAACAUCUGAAGUAUUUACCCACAUAAAUGUUGAGAAAUCAUGCCUAAUAUGUAGAAGUAAUGGUGUCAUAUGGAAUUACUUGACUGAAGAGUUCAGCUUUUUAUUCAAGACUUAAAAUGUAUUUUGGAAAUGCUGCUAAAUAAUGAUGCUAAAUAUUGGUCCUGUGAGUGACCACAAUCAUGUUUUAAAUAGUCGGUAAAGGGAAUGAAGCCUGUAGGGUUGAUGAAAAUGUUGCACUAGAUGGGCCUAGACCAAGUAUGACAGCUUUAUAAUAGGAAAACAAAAUCUUUACUUUUUCCUAUUCCAAAGAUAAUAUGAGGUAGCCAUAAAGUCUAGAAAUAUAGAUAAUACUAUUUUGUCAUGCAUUGUAAUAGCAUAUCAGCAAACCACCUAUUAAGGAUCUGCCUGGUUUCCAGACUCAGUGGCCACCUUGUAUAAUUCUUGCUCUCCUCUGGGAAGGACAAUGGCAUUUAUUCCUGUUGCCUUAAAAUAAAUGUCCCUUCUUCAUUUACCGUGAUUCUCCCCAGGGAGGGUCCUUUGUUAUUGCUGGGAGAAAUUCUAACUCUUCGUACUAGUGAGAAAAAAGAAAUCCAUUUCAGUAUUUCAGUGGUGUUGAAACACAUUAUUUACUUCCUAAAGGUGUUCCAGCAAAUACCCAGUCAGUUAACUGCCAUAUGUACUCUGUGCAGUAGGUAAUGAGUACAAAUAAUACUACUCAAAUUCUUGCUAGUUUCUCUCCCUUUGUCCCUUCAUGUGACUGUUCUUUGGCUGCUGUGGUAGAAACAUAGAUAAAUCUUCUCCUCUUUCUCCUAAUUACAGCAAAAUGAGAUUGUUUACUUUUUAAGUUUAUGCAAUUAAAAUGUCCAGUUGAGGUCUCUGAAAUGUCAUUACAUUUAUUGACUUCUGAGCACUUUAGAAGAGUUGUGUUUGAAUGCCAGUUGUUGUAGAUGGGGUGAAAAUUAGACGUAUAGGUAAUGCUCAGGUUAUCUGGGGAACCAGGUAUAGAGAAAAACAAAUCUGAUAUGAGGAAAAUUGCACAAUUUAAAUAGUACUGCUGUGCAGACUUUUUCCACAAACCAGGAAUAUAGAGUUAAAAUUAUCAUAUGGAUAAUUCAAGAGAGGAAAGUGUGUGUGCUUUUUUACAAGUGGAAAAAUAUUCAGACCUCUUUUUUCACUUCCCUUCGUGUUUAGCAGACACUCCAGUGUGAUCAUUGCCUUUGGAGUUUGGUGGAGAGGUAUGGAAAGCGGGAAAUGGUCUGUUUACUGAUUCCAUACUCUGUUCCAUCCAUCCCUGCUUCCCUGCUUCUUUCAAGACAAUUAAAACCAAUGUCUGAGUUGCGUGGCGUAUCGCGACAGUGUUUGCUAUUGCUGAGAUUACCUGACAGUUGAAGGUCCUUUGCUAAGUGAGACCAACCCUUUCCACGGUCUUCGAAAGGUGAUGCUUGUUUCAUGUUCACUGGCCUGAAAAAUCUGUUUCUGGCCUUCAACAACUCUCUAGUUUUCCCUUAAAAUGAUAAAAUUAAAGUUAUCUUGAAAGUAUUUUGAAAAAAUUAAAUUAAGGGACAGCUUUUCUUGGUUUCCCUCUACCACUACACAAGUGGUUCCUUCAUAUUUAAGCAGAAAGAUUAGUUUAAAUGGUCUCUGAGGUUCCUGCCCUGCCUCAUAUUCUGUGUUUCUUGCCAGCUUUUAAUUCAGUGUGCUUUUCAUUAUCCUAAUAGGCUUCCCAUUUACAUAGCGCUUAAAACACUGCUGUGUUUAACACCCUCUAACAUUAAUGCAAACUUAUAAUACACACCAUUUAUUGAAGGCCUGUUGAGUGAUGUGAUGCUGCUCUAGGACAUUCAUGAACAUCCUAUUUAAUGUUUCAAGCAUCCUGAGAGAUAGGCAUGAUCCCACAGGGAAAGCCAGAGUCAGAAAUGUGAAGUAUCUUGCCCAUCAUCCUGCUGCCGAGGAACAGUAUAGUCAGGACUCAAACCCAAGUUUUUCUGACACUGAAGCCUGAGUUUAUUCCUGGAAGUUCGUGGUUGAUCCUGUCCCAGGCAACCCAGGGCCCCGGGCCUGCAUGGUCCUGCUUCUAUUUACAAAUAUAAGAAUAGCAGAGUUCACUAUGGUGACAUUCAUCUCUGCAUGAGACUAUUCCUUUUAUUUUUUUCUUUUUUGUCUUUGCUUAAGCAAAGGAAGCUGCUAGAGGGGAGUCUGAACCCUUGAUUCUCCUCCAUAACUUCUCAUUUAUAAAUAAACUAAAAGGCUGUCAAAAUAGUCUGGGCUUGGGUCCAAGCUAAUCUGUGGAGGAGGCAAGCUCAUGUUCCUUCCCAGCCUUUGAUGUCCUUUAUGUUGUGCCUCUGAAGGGGCCUUUACCCUUGAGCCAUUCCCAAAUAUGUGCUGACACAUAGGCCUGGUAUCCUUGGAGCUCUCCAGAUGCUACUCACUCUUCUUCCCUGAGAGCAAAACAAAUCACCUUCUUGCCCCGACACAUAAACAAGGCCCUGCUGAUAAACAGAUCCUUCCUUAAGUGCUAGUGGGUGAACAGUGAGCACCUAAAAUGGAUAAACCAGGACAUUUGUACCAGCGUCCCUAUAUUACAGUACAUAUUAACAUGGUCCUGAAUACCAAAUUCAGACUUCUGCCCAAUAUCUGAUGUGGUAGCACUUGCUUAUCAUCCAGCAAUUUGGUUUCUUUCAACCAGGGAAGAUGCACUGCCUGUCUCUUCCUCCUCCUUCCCAGAGAUUGCUCAUUACUCAUUUGCCACCCUCCAAUAGCCAAACUCAAAUAAGCUCCAGCUUCACCAGGACAUGCUCCUCUCUUUGCUAGGGAAGAAAAAAAGGCGAGGACAGGGAGGAUUCUAGGAAAGAGGUACUGCUGUGGCUUUUCCUGACAUUUAAAAUGUUGAGACAGGAUAAUCUUAGAAAGAAAGAUGCUUACAUAAACCCAUAGGUCAGACUUUAAAAAUUUAAAAUUUUAAAUUUAGUUCAUCAGAACCUGAGUUCAACAUUUGGCUUUAGCCAUUUGUCUAAACAGUUUACCAGUCUGCUGGAGGUCUUGGCUUAAAUUAUAAAAACCACAGAAUUUUAAAUGUCUUGAUGUGUCAGCAUUCUUAAUAAAUAUUAUUUAUUUGGUACUUAUUCUUGAGUGAAAUGCAUUACGUGUUGUCUAGUUGAAUCCUUAACAGCUACUCUAAGAUGUAAUAGAUUUCAUUACCUCAAUUAUCCUGCCUCCUUGUAUUUAAAAACUGAAAUAGUCUUGUUUUUUAAACAUGUGUUUUCAUGUAUCUAUAAAGGAUUAAUCAGGAAAUUCAAAAGGGUCUUGCUUGUACCUUUCUCUAGUUUGAUUUCCCCAUUCUAAUUACUAGGUAAAACUUAAUGUAUUCACUCCAGCCUGGCACCUUUGCUUCACUCUGGUGCUGAAAGGAAAGGGCACUCGGUGGGUCAUGGUGGUACUCGCACACUAUAGAGAGGGCGUGUCUCCUUUGUACUGUGCUGGGUUACAGGAUCUUGGGAAGCAUUCGUGUCCAUCUGAUGACCUGCAUUGAUUACCUUCCAUUUAACAAACACCAUCCUCUCCUACUGCAGUUGAUUUUGCUGGAGGCAGUUCAUAAGGCAGAGUCGUGUAUGUAGUCUGAAUUGCUCUCUCUCUGUCUCCCUCCAUUUUUCAUGACUCCUCGGUCUCUUUGGUAUCUCAAAAGAAGAACCCAGUUAACCAAGAUUCCUCUUUAACACAGGAAUGUGGUCUGGCCAUAAGCUAUCAUCCCUUUCCAGAGAUAACUGACCCUGUCUGGCUUCUAAGUGAGAAGUGGGCAGGACACAGAUGUCAGGAAACCAUGAAGCUGUCUUUCAACUGUGAAAAAAAAAUCUGCUUUCUGCAUCUGUUGAGACAUAUAAUAAUUAAAACUGUUCAUAAAUGCCAUACUUUCUCUGUCUUAUAAUAAACUGCACAAUUCUUGACAAAAUAAGUACCAUAUCUGUGUGCUUCAGGGAAUCCCCCAAUUUGAUCAUUGUGUGUGUCUAUAUAGAGAGAAAUGGUAAAAUAUUUCCAAAGGGUGAAAGCUCUUAUAUGGAAUUCCUUCCUUUGGUAAUAAUUAGGCUAUUACAGGAAGCACAGUUUCAUUCUUGAAAUAAAAUAUUUCCAGAAUAAAGCUUUUCAAAGGCACAGCCUACCUUCUUGAAGGUUCUCCCUGGGGUUGGUGUGUGUCUAACUUCAUUUCAUAAAACCUUUCUUUUCUUCAACUUAAACCUUUGGCUAUAAAGUCAGAAACAUACUAGAUAAAAACAAAUUAUAUUUAAUUUAGAGAAGAGUAAAGGGAAGAACAAUGGAAACUCAAAUUCAGUCUUUAUGUAAGCUCCAAGGAUAUUAGGGUUUAGACGGUUUUUCUAGUUUUAUGAAGAUUUACUACUGAUUUUUAUAUAUUCUUUUUGAGAUGAGCAGAUCUCUGGGGAAAAUGUUGAGUUACAAUGGCAUUUCACUGUGAUCUCUCUCUAGGUCAAAUCAGUUCUCUAACCCAAUGAUGACUUGUCUCUCUGGUUUACUGUCCUGUGAAAUGUCAGCUCACAUUUCCCAGAAGUCAUAUGUUCAUGAUGAUUCAGAGUGCUCUUCUUCAGUGUGACAGUUGUAGGCCCUCUUGAUUUUGGUGUAUGUGCCUAAGUAUCUAAAUCUGUAGUCUAAUCUAUACAUGCUAUCCCAACUGUUAAUUGUAUUAUCGAUUAUUUGGUUAUCCUGCUUGAAGAGUGAUUCCUACUUUUCAAUUUGCUAGAAAUAAAGUUUUUUUUUCCUGCUUGUAA